AUGUUGCACAGACUCCUAAGGGACACUGAGUUCUGGUUGCAGACUGCAAGAAUUCUUUUGAAGCUGAAGGCAGUGACUCGACCUGUGGACGACACUCACCCAGAGACACUCCAACUCUUCACAACUAUAGAGGAUAUCUUUAAGAAGGGAUUGAAAAGUGUCAAUACAGUUUUUGGGCUGUCAAAGAAAGAUUAUUGGAAUUGGAUAGAGCAGAUAGAGCAGUAUUACAAACAUGGCAGACCAAGUGCUAAGUUUUCACACAUGUUGGAUGCAGUCCGGAAAGCCAAGAAGGUGAAGACCAAUCUUGGUAGAGGUAGGCUGUUCAUACGUCUCGCCCUCAACAAUGGUUUAUUGGGCAUUCCUAUUGAAGUCAUAACCAGUAAUACCAAGCUAUUGGAGACCUGUUAUGAUCCAUUGGAGUCUAUAAUUGGCAAUGAGUUAUUGGUUGAGAGUCUGUCGUCCCUUCUUUUCUGGGCAUCAGAGAUUAAGUUUGACUUCAACAUCAAAAAUUCAAGUUUCUUGGACGAGACGUGGUUGAUUCCGAUUUACCAUCAUUUUGAGCUGGUGCCUAGUCAGUCUUUAGGGGUCAUCGUCAGGCAUAUCUGGGAUAGGAUCAUUGUAGCCGAGGUCAAACCAGGCAGUGUUGCAGCAGAUGAGAACAAAAUAGAGCCUGGAGAUGUAUUUGACGAAUUGUAUGGAGAAAGUUUAUAUGCUACAGUAAGAGGAAGGAUACCAGGGUUACUGAAGGACCACGUGGGUUGGCCGAUCAGUCUUGCCAUUAUUAAGUGUUAUCUACCUUCGGGGAAGGUCUUUCCUCCGCUGAAGGCAAGGUAUGAGAAGAUGGCUCAGGAGUAUCCCAGCUUUUUGGUACCACAGGACAGGCUCAGCAACGGGGACUGGUCUGGAUCUAUACAAGGACUUAGACCAGGGGAAGAUGAAGACCCACCCAUGGAGAGUAUAUCAGGAAGUUCAUUCCAUAAAGUGCAAUAUGUAGGGAAGGUUCCGACAGGAGAGAGUGGUGGAACAGAAGUGAUACAAGAUGCUGUACUUCAAAUACUCAAUGAUUCAUCUAAUGUUACGAGGGAUGUAGUUCUGGAAUUAGGAGAGACAUUGGUAACAAUCUUUGACCAUGAUACCAAAGAAGAACUCAUGAAACAUUGCUACCCUGAGAUCGCAUCAUGUGGAAGGCGGAUGGACUAUGUCAAACACUUUGCUCUUGUCAUUGGGGAUACAACGUGCUCUAUAUCCAAACAGUUUUCUUGCUAUUUAUUCGAAGCCAAAACAGAAAUCGAGGUAAGUUCAUUCAUUGUCCCUUUGUCAUAAUUAUGCUGAAAUACAUAUGAAACCUAUUGAAGAUUUGAAUGUUCUUUUAACUACUUGAUUCAGACCUGCCAACCAGUACGUUUUUGGCAUAUUUUACGUUUUUGCAACCCAAAUAUGGCAGUACGUUUUUUUCUUGAAAAAAUAUGUUUUUGUAAAAAAAAAUAUAAAAAAUAUGGUUAUUAGAUCAAUGUAAUUUCAGGUAACUUGUUUUUUUUUUCCAAUCAUUUUUUUAAAACGAGGGUGAGAUAUACAUGUUUCAAUAUUGUUUUUUUUUCAUCUGCAAGAGCAGUGCACAUUUUAGCUUGCAUGCAGCUCGAGCGCCGCAAUGAGCGAGUGCGCCAUGCAUUUUAUUAUGAAAUACAAUUUUUUGGGGAAAAAUACAGUUUUUUUAAUCACAGAAUACAGUUUUUCAUUCCCAGAGGUUGGUAGGUCUGCUUGAUUUACCAUGCCAUAUUGUAUAUUUUGUAUGUAAGGGGAUCACUAUUUAGCAAGCCAUAGGCUUUUGUUGUGAUUCCCAUCCACAUUUUAUUGUAUAUAUCUGCUUUGCAUUAUACAUGUAUGAAUCAGUAAUACAUGUAGAUUGAAUUGAAUUAAGAACAGUGAUUAUAUCUACAUGUAUAUCCAAGUAUCAGCUUGCCAUUAAAAUCUGACUAGGAUGGCUCAGUUUUUAGAUGUAGAUUUUAAACCUUAAAUUAAUAGAAUGAAAUUCAGGGUGGAGGUACAUGUAUGCCAUUUGAUUGAAUCAAAAUAAUUCGAAAAAACAAUGCCAGUCACAGUGCUGUGCUGAGGUAUUGCCCGAAAAGCCGCUGCAUUUGCAUAUGUGAAUGAGAUAUUUUUUUAAUCAUAAAAAGCAAAAAAAAGUGGGAUGGGAUUUGUAAGCAUGAAUGCACAUUUGUUGGUGUAUGAAUUUUCAGCACUUGCACUUAUACUUGUAUGUGGUGUAUGUGAGUAUGUGUUUGUGAGGAUGUAUCAGUGGGUAUGAACAAUCACAAAUUAGUGGAAGUUCAAGAAAUGGCAGUGAGUCCAACCUUCGCGUGUGUCCAUACUUCGCAACUUCGCAGACUAUCAUUAUCU